AUGAUGAGCUUGUGGUCGUAUAGCGGUGAAGCUCUUUUCUUGUUGAACAGGCUGAACAGGGCUGCGUUGCAUGACUUAGAGGCGGACAAAGCCAGGAAAUUUAGAGCUCUUCAAUUGGACGAGAGUGCUCAUUCAAUGCACAACAGCUCGGCUCAUAUUAGCUACUACGAGGGUGUGGAGUGCAUCGAUCAAACCCAAUCGGUGCCGGAGACAUGGAACAAGCAGGUUUCGGACCUAAUACAGCGCAGCCAGUCAGAACGUGCAGCAAGUCGUAUGCUUCGCGAGCGCAUUGCGAAGGGGAUCGCACAUGCCAGCAAAACCCUGUCGGACAUGUGGGAGGCUGUUAAUGCCGCAUUUGCGCAACGCAUCCGGGAACUGACUGAUGCCCGUAAUCAGCUACAGGCUUCACUUGGGAAGACGUUGCAAGCUAUCUUUGACACUGAAAAGGAGAUAGAAGAUCUUAAAAAAGCCAUUAAAGACAAAGAGGAAUACCUUAAAACAGCAACUUCUCGUCUGAAUACGCGUCUACUGAGACCUGGAAUGGAAAAUUGUCGUGAUCCGGCAAUGGUCCACCUAAUUUGUGAGGUGAAGCAGUUAAAGGCUGCUAUUGAAGAACUGACAAAUCAGUUGCGACGAGCCGAGGGUGUGUUGCAGGAGCUUUUGCACUUGAGAACGGCAAAGGAGGGAGAAAUAGCAUGUAAGAACAACAGUCUCUUCAUUGACCGAGAGCGCUGCCUUGCCCUGCGUACCCAGUGGCCGGGCGGACCGACAGCGGGCGCGGCGAACGCUAUUCCCUGUCCGGGCAACAUUGUUUCCUCGGUGCAAGUUUGCACUUGCAAGUGA